AUGGUAGGCGCUUUUCAGUUCGUGUUUGCAAACUGGGAUACAAUGAUUCAGGAAGGGGACAGAGAUAAUUGUUACUACAACGACUUUUGUUAUAGAGUUGCAAAUCAUGAUAUUCCGUUUAACUUGAUGAUAAGUAACUUGACUUACAUAGUCCACGGCCUAAUCUUAGUUGUGUGGGUACUAAUACUGGAAGCCAAGGUGAAUCUUCGUUGCAAAAGCAGAGCCGCCAAUGUUCAGGGAUCCAGGCUACCAGAACAUAUUCUGUCAUGUCCUGAAACUAACAUUCAUCAUUUGGAGGGAGGUAUUCCAAAACCCGAAAACCCCAUGGAAACGGAAGAAAGGAAAAAAGAGGAGAACAUAUUUUUCGCCAAAGCAAUGAAAAAGAGGUACUGUUUUUCUAUUGGGUAUGCGUUUUCCUGGGGACUAGUCUUCGAGGGAUUGUUUUCCACCCUUUACCACUUCUGCCCAAGCAGGUUCACAUUUCAGUUCGAUUCGGCCUUCAUGUUUAUCAUAGCUGGUUUAACUGUGCUGUUGUUGUAUAAUGGCAUUGAGCAGAAUCGUUGUCCCUCUUCUGGAAAUGCGAAACACCCAGUUGGCGCUUCUAACUUCUUCCUAUUUUUCAUCGUGCCUCUUUUUAUUUUCAACUACUUUGGUGUACUAUUUAACUCCGACAGUCUCAACAAAGUAAUGCAGGGUUUUUUCUUCGCAUUCCUGAUCAUUUGGUGGCUCGUGAUGUUUUUUUGGGCUUUUCUUAAAUUAGAUAUCCGCGGAAAGAUUUGUAGUCAUAAAUGUAAUGCGGGUUUAUUCUUAUUUGGUGGCCUGCUAGUGCCCUGGGGGAUUUUUAUGUGUUACUUGUUUAGCGAUCUAGCUCAAGUGUUUCUGUUUGCUUGCAUUGCCUGUAGCGUCGUCGCAAUCUUAGCUAAAGCUAGGCCUUGGAAGAAGUGUGCUUGCGAGUCUGCUCGCCCAAAAACCAAGGACAUACUUCAAAGGCUUUUUAUCCUUUUCACCCUUAUCAUUUUGGUGGCAGCUUUAGUCGUUUUUAAAGCACUACCCACUACAAACAAAACAUCGUCGCCAGAAAACUCUCGUGACCAAAACGAAGAAUGUGUCAUUUUUGGAUUUUUCGACUGGCAUGACUUGUGGCAUUUUUUGUCUUCCUAUGCUCUCCUUAUGGGUGCGUUUGUAAUCAUGUUCAUAAGUUCUAAAGCAGAGGAGGCUAAUACACAUGGUAAUGGUAUUGCACCAGAAGGAUAA